AUGUCCACGGAUGAAGACGCUGACCCCCCCGCGGCGGACAGGCCCUCCGGACAGGUGUCCAGGCUGCCCUUCAGCGUGGACGCGCUCAUGUCGGACACGAUACAGCCCGCCGGGAGCCGCCGGGAGGGAAGCGACCCCUUUCCGAAUGGUUUUGCGCGCAGACCGGAUCAGACUUCCCAAGUAUCCAUAAAGUCAGAGACGUUGGAACAAGGGGAAGUACCGACUUGGAUAUCCAGCUCGGUUAAGAUGUCAGUGCCAGGUCAGCGGUUUAGUCCAGCCGUGUGCUCCCUGAGGAAGCACAAAACCAACCGCAAGCCUCGCACUCCCUUCACCACCAUGCAGCUGCUGGCCCUGGAGAGGAAGUUCCACCAGAAGCAGUACCUAUCUAUCGCCGAGCGGGCCGAGUUCUCCUCCUCCCUAUCGCUGUCCGAGACCCAGGUCAAGAUCUGGUUUCAGAACAGACGAGCCAAAGCCAAAAGGCUUCAGGAGGCCGAGGUGGGGAAACUCAAGAUACCUGCUGGCGCUGGGUCCAAGGCUGUGUUCUUCCCCGGUUUUUCGUCCUUUGCUCUCUCGCAAAGUGUCGGCCUGCAGGCGGGGUCAGCGGGGCUCUACAGAGUGGACUGCUCGUACAGCCGGACCCCCCUCCUGCCCUCCGCACACCUGGCCAUGUACACCUCACAGCUAGGCUAUAGCCUGUUUCACCUCUCCUGA